GGCCGGGCAGAGGUGGGCAGGAGGAGGGAGAAGAGCAGAGACCUCGGGCUGGGCCAGGCCCAGGCUGCUGUUCCUGAACUGGUCAGCCGGACUCGUUUGGUGCUCCCAAGGCCCGGCGGGGUCUGGGCAGAGCAGGAGCAAGACCGUGGUGGGAAAGAUGCGGCCCACACUGUUGACACUCUGUGCCGUCUGGGUGACCGUCAAUGCCAUCUCCGUGGAAACCCCGCAGGAAAUUCUUCGGGCUGCCAGGGGAAAGAGUGCCACCCUUCCGUGCACCUACCACACUUCUGUCCCUGACAGAGAUGGACUUGUUCAGUGGGACAAGCUUCUCAGGACUCAUUCGGAAAAAGUGGUCAUCUGGUCAUUUAAGACCCAAAGCUACAUCUUCGGCGAGCUUUAUGAGAAUCGCGUCAACAUAUCCAGCCACGUUGGGCAGUCGGACGCCUCCAUCACCAUCGACCAGCUGACCAUGGAGGACAACGGCACCUACGAGUGCUCCGUCUCGCUGCUGUCCGACAUGGUGGGCACCUCCAAGUCACGUGUCCGCCUGAUGGUCCUGGUGCCACCCUCCAAGCCCGACUGCGGCAUUGAGGGAGAGACCGUGAUUGGGAACAACAUCCAGCUGACCUGCCAGUCAGCAGAGGGCUCCCCGGCCCCGCAGUACAGCUGGAAGAGCUACAACCCCCAGAACCAGGAGCGGCCACUCGUCCCGCCAGUCUCGGGCCAGACCGUCUUUCUGAAGAACAUCUCCACAGACACGUCGGGCUACUACGUCUGCACCUCCAGCAACGACGUGGGGACGGCCUUCUGCAACAUCACCGUGGCUGUCCGACCCCCCUCCAUGAACGUGGCCCUGUAUGCGGGCAUUGCUGGGGGCGUGGUGGCAGCCCUCAUCAUCCUCGGCAUCAUCAUUUACUGCUGCUGCUUCCGGGAAAAGGAUGACAAGGAGGUGGACAAGGAGGACACGAGGCCGAACCGGGCGGCUUACCAGGAGCCACCAGAGCAACUGAGAGAGCUUUCCAGAGGGAGGGAAGAGGAAGACGACUACAGGCACCAAGACCAGAGGAGCUCAGGGCGCGAAUCCCCUGACCGUGCUGGACAGUGACGGGCCGCUGCAGCUGGGGGCAGGGAGGGUCGGGGCGCAGCCUCCUGCUUCCUG